AUGGUCAGUCAGAGCAGUGAAGGAGUCCAGUGUUCCCCCUCAAACCCUGAGUCUUCUGAUGAGUCCACUGAGACACAGAUGAUGAGGGUGACCAUUUGCCUCAAAGAAGGAGGCCAGGCCAAGUCCAGUGGCCUCACUGAGUUGGAAGACACAGCCAGACACGCAAACGUCCAAGGCAGGGGAAGUUUCGUCCAUGUUCCCCCCUCUAUACUGUGCAGUACUCCCUGGGGGCUCAGCUCAGGCAUGGAAAAGCAGGCUCCAGGAGUGCUGAAAGGCUCUCUGUGUAAGAAAAAGCAGAGCGUGGUCUGGAGCAAAGAAGGGAGCAGAACGGGCUACACAGGAGCUUCUGCUGCUGCCUCUGCCCCUGCCCCUGCUGCUUCAGGAGCCUUGCCCAAGACCAGUCCUAGAAAGAAGACAGCUCAGGAGAAGAAGCCCUCGCCAGAUGCCUCAAGAGGACCCCUGGGAAGAACCUUCCCACCAUGGGGGCAGAGACUCAAGUCAGCUCCUGUAGGGCAAGCUACCCUGCCCCCAAUCUCCGGAGUUGCCCUGCUAGGGAAGGCCAGUAAAUGCUCACUGCCUUCGGGGCCCAAAGAGUGCAAGCCCUUCUGCACUGGGAAGAGAUCCAUGGCAAGGAAGACAAAGGAAUCCCAGCCAGGGGACAAAGAAGAUAAUGACCAAACCAGAGAUCCUGGCCUGCAAGUCCAACUUCCAACACACAGGGCAGAGCCACCUUGCUCGUAUCGUGGAGACGUGACCAGUGGAGACCCCAACUUGAGAGCACCCCAAGUUCCAGGAAACUCCCAGCUCGUGGCCCUGAGUCAGAGAAGUGCCAGACCCAGAGCACCUGCACCGGCUGGAGAUGAGGAUCCACCUUUGAGUCCUUUAUUUCCUGUUGGAGACAGUCAGCCAGCAUUACAAGGCACACCAGGCUGUCCUCAGUGUCUAAUAUUGCAGAAGGAAAUAGAGGAGCUCAAGGAACAACUAGCCAUCAUGCAGGCCCUCAACGAAAAGUUCCAGGAUCGUUGA